AUGGCUGGGUUAAUACCAAGUUCGUUGUGUGAUCAGCCCUCAUCAAGUUCCAAAAGUGAUGAACCAAUAAGCGCAUCAAGACUGAAAAUGAGGCCACAAAAUUCUUCUACCUGUCCUGCAGAAAGUCCUGAAGAUGGAGAACCUAGUCAGAGCAAGGGAUACAGACUUGUAGACCUGAAGAGUUUGUCUUGA